GGUGUUGAUGACAUGUUCAUUAUGAUCUUCUGCUGGCAACAGACUAAUCCUAAAAAUAAAGUUGAAAAGCGGAUGGCUGAAACUUAUUCAGAGGCAGCAGUGUCUAUCACAAUCACCACUCUCACUGAUGUUUUAGCUUUCUACAUAGGGAUCAUGACUUCCUUUCAGUCUGUGAAGUCCUUUUGUCUCUACACAGGAACUGCUUUCAUCUUCUGCUAUUUAUACAACAUCACAUUCUUAGAAGCUGUUCUUGCUUUAAAUGGUAAAAGGGAAGAAGGCAACAGACACUGGUUAAUUUUCACAAAAGUGAAGGACAUUGUUCAGCCACAUCGCUCCUGCUUGUACAACCUGUGCUGUGUAGGAGGCUUUUCUGAUAAAUCUUCUGGGGGAGAAGGCGAACAUCCAAUGCACAAAUUCUUUAGGAAAUAUUAUGGUCCUUUCCUUACAAAAAUCUGGACCAAAGUGUUUGUGGUGUUGCUGUAUGAAGGGUUCCUGGCUAGUGGUAUUUAUGGGUGUACUCAGAUAAAGGAAGGUACAGUCCUGCGAAAUCUGGCUAGUGAUGAUUCUUAUGUCAUUCGGUACUACGACUGGGAAGAUGAAUAUUUCUCAGAGUACGGUCCUAGGAUUAUGGUCACUAUCACAGAAAAUGUACUUUAUUGGAAUCCAUCUAUUCGUAAUGACAUUGAGAACCGUAUGGAGUCUUUAGAAAAUAACUCCUUUGUGGAAAAGAGUCUCUCAGAGUCAUGGCUACAAAUGUAUGAGAAUGUUGCUAGAAUCGGUUCACUGAAUAUAGAUACUAAGGCGUUUUUCAUGGGUAAUCUAUCUGAACUAUAUAAAUUAUUUCCAGAGUUUGAAUGGGACAUUGAUAUUCGCUAUCAAGAAAUAGCAGCUUCACAUUUUUUCAUUCAAACAGUGAAUGUUACUACUGCAGUUGAUGAGAAGAACCUUUUACACCAAUUAAGAGGCCUAGCCAAGGACUGUAAGAUCCCAUUAAUGGUAUAUCACCCAGCAUUCAUAUACUAUGGUCAGUAUAUUGUAAUAGUGCCAAACACCAUUCAGAAUACUGGAAUUGCUACUGGAGUCAUGUUGUGUGUUUCCUUGCUGCUUAUUCCCAAUCCGCUCUGCUCCUUGUGGGUAACUUUUGCUAUUGCUUCUGUUAUUGUUGGCGUUGCUGGUUUCAUGACAUACUGGGAUGUUAAUCUUGAUUCCAUAUCUAUGAUUAACCUUGUCAUUUGCAUCGGGUUUUCAGUAGAUUUUUCUGCUCAUAUAUCCUAUGCAUUUGUUUCAAGUGAAAAGUCAACUGUCAAUGAAAGGGCAGUUGAUGCCCUGUAUCUUCUUGGUUACCCGGUGAUACAAGGUGUUAUCUCCACUAUAUUAGGAGUAAUUGUGCUGUCUGCAGCACAAACUUACAUCUUCAGAACAUUUUUUAAGAUGUUUCUCGUUAUCUUGUUUGGAGCUGUUCAUGGUCUUGUUUUUAUUCCAGUAUUUUUAACAUUUUUUGGAAUUCAUGGCAGAUCACAGACAAUAGGAAAAAAACAGCAGUAA